CAUGACAGAGAGCUGACUCAAACAGAACAUUCGCUUCUGUAACUGAAAGCUUACGGAUCUCUUGGUGACUUGGAGAACAGUGUCUACACAAUGGCAUCACCAGCCCCUCUGUCCAAGGCCAACACCAGCUUCUGUCUGGAUCUGUUCAAACAGCUGAGUGACAAGGACAAGGCAGCAAAUGUCUUCUUCUCACCUUUUAGCAUCUCCUCAGCCCUGGCCAUGUUGAUGCUGGGGGCCAAAGGCAAUACUCACACACAGAUGUCAGAGUUUAGUCAGCUGCUGAGCGCCCUCAACACACCAGACGCUCAGUUCAGCCUCAGCAUUGCCAACAGACUGUAUGGGGAGCAGUCCUACCAGUUUGUUAAGGACUUUUUAGAGGAAACCAGGAAGCACUACCAGGCUGAGCUGGAGUCUGUGGACUUCAAAACCAGCUUGGAGGAGGUCAGAGUCAAUAUCAACAGCUGGGUGCAGGAGCAGACACAAGGUAAAAUCAAGGACCUGCUGGCCAAGGAUGCACUGGACGAUGGGACCAUGCUAGUGCUGAUCAAUGCCAUCUACUUUAAAGGCAACUGGGACAAACGGUUUGAGAUGGAUUCUACUGUUGAUGCUGAGUUUAGAAUAAGCAAGGAGGACACUAAACCAGUGAAGAUGAUGCGCCAGAAGAGUAAAUUCUCUUUCGCCACCAUUCCUGACGUCAACUGCCAGAUCCUCGAGAUGCCUUAUGAAGGGAAGGACCUGAGCAUGCUCAUCUUCCUGCCCAAAGAAAUCGAGGACGAUAACACAGGCUUGGAGAGGCUGGAGAAGGAACUAACCUAUGAGAAAUUUGUGGAGUGGACUCGUCCAGAUUUAAUGGGCCAAACCGAGGUUGAGGUGAGGCUGCCUCGCUUCAAGAUGGAGGAGACUUACAACCUGAAUGAAGUCCUGAAGACCAUGGGCAUGGUGGAUGCUUUCGAUGUCUCAAAGAGUGACUUCUCUGGCCUGUCUCCAGCCAACGAACUGGUGCUGUCAAAAGUCGUUCACAAGGCUUUUGUGGAGGUUAAUGAAGAGGGAACCGAAGCUGCUGCUGCCACUGCAGUCAUUGUGACGGAGCGCUCUAUAAUGAUUCCUGAAACGUUCAACGCAGACCACCCCUUUCUCUUCUUCAUCCGACACAACACCAACAAGGCGGUCCUCUUUGCCGGUCGAUUCUGCUUCCCUGAAAGUAAGUGUGUUCCUGAAAGACUCCUGAACUCCUGCUGCUCUGAAGACACAAUGGCAUCAUCAUCCCUUCUGUGCAAGGCCAACACCAGCUUCUGUCUGGAUCUGUUCAAACAGCUGAGUGACAAGGACAAGGCAGCAAAUGUGUUCUUCUCUCCUUUUAGCAUCUCCUCUGCCCUGGCUAUGGUGAUGCUGGGGGCCAGAGGCAACACUCACACACAGAUGUCAGAGGCCCUCAGCUUCUGUGAGAAGAUGCAGUCUGAAGAAGAGCAGCAGCAGCCACAGCAGCUACAGCAGCUGAAGCAGCCGUGGCAGCAGAUUGUGAAGAUCGAGAUCUGUGUGGAUGACAUCCACGCUGAAUUCAGUGAACUACUGAAGACACUCAACAAGGCGGACGCUCCCUACUCCCUCAGUGUUGCCAACAGACUGUACGGGGAGCUUUCCUUCCAGUUUGUUGAGGAUUUCUUAGGAGAAACCAUGAAGCACUACAACGCAGAGUUGGAGUCUGUUGACUUUAAAACCAGUCAUGAGGCAGCAAGGCUCAACAUCAACGGCUGGGUGGAGAAGAACACACAAGGUAAAAUCAAGAAUUUGCUAGUCGAAGGUGUGGUGGACAGCAUGACCAGUAUGGUGCUGGUUAAUGCCAUCUACUUCAAAGGCAAAUGGGACAAGCCCUUUGAGAAGAGUUCCACAAAAGAUGCUCAGUUCAGAAUCAACAAGAAUGAGACUAAGCCAGUGAAGAUGAUGCACCAGAACAGUACUUUCGCCUUGGGCUUCAUUGCUGAGAUCUCUUGCCAGGUCCUUGAGAUUCCUUACAAAGGGAAGGAGCUCAGCAUGCUCAUCUUUCUCCCCAUGGAUAUAGACGACAGUUCAACUGGUUUGGAGAAGCUGGAGAAGGAACUGACCUAUGACAACUUUAUGGAGUGGACUCAUUCAGAGAGAUUGUCUCUCUCUGAUGUUGAGGUGGGCCUGCCUCAAUUCAAGAUGGAGGAGAGUUAUGACAUGGGGGCUGUCUUGGCCAGCAUGGGCAUGGUGGAUGCCUUUGAUGCAAGAAUGUGUGACUUCUCAGGCAUGUCUUCUUCCAACAACCUGGUGAUGUCAAAAGUCGUCCACAAGGCUUUCGUGGACGUUAAUGAGGAGGGAACCGAGGCUGCGGCUGCCACUGCUGUCAUUAUGACGCUGACCUGUGUACUAAGGCCUCAAGGCACCUUCAUUGCAGACCAUCCCUUCCUUUUCUUCAUCCGACAUAACCCCACCAAAACUGUUUUGUUUUCUGGCCGCUAUUGCUCCCCUCAGUGAGCACGACAUUGCUGAAAAAAAUACGAGAAACUACGGCAAUUGGAUUUUUGCUGUUGUUUGCAUCACUGCUGAUAUUCUCUUUAUCCUGAAUACUGUGAUGAAAUCCCAUCGCAGCUAGAUCUUUCCUUGGUGAUCCUGUCAAGUGCAGGUAUAUGUUAUUGCACAAUGACGCAUUUAAACCCAUAUAGACUAAAAAGAGCAAGAGUUUACAUGAAGUGUUGAACUAAGACCUGGUGAUUUCUUUUGAGUGUUCUUUUGCUUUUACGCAUGAAAUAAAAGUGUGUGAUUCCCAAAAA